CUUUCAAAUAAUUGUUUUAUUUCAUUAAAAAAAAAGUAUUUAAGAACAGAAUAAUAUAAUAAGCGCUGGCUUAAUUUCGUGCGGCCAUAUGAACUUAGUACCUUACAAUAAGUGCGUUAAGUGAUCAUGAUGAAACACUCCACAUCCCCUACUCCAAACUACCCGAGGAGUACAUCGCCGUUACCAGCCCCAGCUAAUUAUCAACCAACAACAGCUAGUGCUGCAGUUAAGCGGUACAAAUACCUACGAAGACUGUACAAAUUCGAUCAGAUGGACUUUGAAUUUGCUGCAUGGCAAAUGGUUUAUUUAUUUGUUUCACCACAAAAAGUAUUUAGGAGUUUUAAUUAUAGAAAACAUACAAAAUCACAGUUUGCGCGAGAUGAUCCAGCAUUUCUAGUACUGCUCUGUGUAUGGUUGUUUUUAUCAUCAGUUUGUUUUGCUCUGGCAAUUGGCCUAAACUGUGGUCAACUGGUAUUGUUUGUCCUGUUUGUUGUCUUUGUUGACUUCAUUGGAGCUGGUAUAUUUGUUUCAACUGUAUUUUGGUAUUUAAUAAACAAAUAUCUGAGACGUGACCCGGUCGCAUCUGAAGUGGAAUGGGGAUAUACAUUUGAUGUUCAUAUCAAUGCCUUCUUCCCGCCACUCUCACUGUUGCAUUGCUUCCAGAUCAUUCUAUUUAAUGAUCUACUGCAGGGUCAUGGGUUUGUGCCGUGUCUAGUGGCAAACACAUUUUGGCUGGCAUCAGUCAUAUAUUAUUUAUAUAUAACAUUCUUAGGUUAUAGCAAUUUACCAAUGCUGCAGAAUGCAAGAGUAUUUUUAUUACCACUGCCCAUAUUAUUUGUUUUAUAUCUCUGUACUUUAAUAGCGAAAUGGAAUCUCAGUCAAAUGUUAAUGGAUUUCUAUCAUUAUAGAUUAUUCUAAUAUAUUUUUAUUUCAUUUCAAAAGUCAUAUUGUAUGUUUAAUCUUUGAUAUUUGGGAUACAGAAUAAAAAAAAAUAUCCAUAAAUAAGUUUAUACAAAAGAUAAUC